AUGGACAUUCAGGAUUUGGAGCCGAGCGGGAUAAUCGCUUUCGACGGUCUGACGAAGAAUGGACUGCAGCUGCACCCGGACCAGCAGCACUUCGUCUACCCGAUGGGCAACAAGGUGACCAUCAAGCACGUGGCGACGGGGGCGCAGAGCUUCUUGUCGGGCCACACCAACCUGAUAUCGGCGAUGUGCAUCUCGGCCUGCGGCAAGUUCGUCGCCUCCGGCCAGAUCAACCAUCAGGGAUUCAAGACGACGGUGAUAAUCUGGGACUACCACGCGAGGAAGCUGCACGCGAGCCACGAGAUCCACAAGGUGCGCGUGGAGGACCUGUGCUUCAGCUGCGAGGGCAGUUACCUGGUGAGCCUGGGCGGCAAGGACGACGGCAACGUGGUCAUCUGGGACGUGCGCAAGGGCGACGCGGUGUGCGGUUCGUUCGCGAGCACGGAGAUCGCCGGGAACGCGUACGCGCUCUGUCGCGCCAACCUGCGCGACCGGUGCUUCGUCACGGCCGGCGACCGCACGCUCAAGCUCUGGCGCGUCGACCCGCACACGCGCAAGAUCAGCGGGCUCGACGUCCGGGUGGGCAAGCUGCGCAGGUGCUUCAACUGCGUGGUCGUCGACGAGAGGGACGAGCUGGCCUACUGCGGCACCACUUCCGGCGACAUCGUCGUGGCCCGACUGAAUUACCACCACGACUUGGAGCGCGCGGAGCCGGCGCAGCCGCCCCUGAUGGUCGGCUGCUACUCCCGGAUAUCGAGCAGUCCCAAGAACCGCAGGCUCGGCGUCGGUGACCUGUACUCCGGCGGCGUGAGCAACCUGCUGCUGUGCAAGGCCGACCUGAUGAUCGUCGGCGCGGGCGACGGCACGCUCGAGCUGGUGACGAUCGUCGAGGGCAAGACCAAGGCGGACGCGAGGAUCAAGUGCCCGAGCACGCCGCAAAUCAAGACCAUCCUGUCGGAGCACGUCCGCGGCGGCGUGACGUCGCUGCUGCUGCACAAGCAGGAGUACGCGAUCGUGGGCACGAGCCUCAGCGAGAUCUACCAGGUGAAGCUGGCCGACUUCGACAUGCGGCUGCUGCUCACCUGCCACACCGCCGCUAUCUACGACGUCGCGUUCCCGCACAACUACUCGGAGAUCUUCGCGACGGGCAGCAAGAACGACAUCCGGCUGUGGCGGCUCGCCACGCAGAAGGAGCUGCUGCGCAUCACGCUGCCCAACUUCGUGUGCACGAGUCUCGGCUUCUCGUGCGACGGCCGAAUGCUGCUGUCCGCCUGGAACGACGGCAUCGUGCGCGCCUUCGCGCCGCAGACGGGCAGGCUGCUGUUCGCGAUUCUGAACGCGCACGUGAAGGCCGUGUCCGCGGUCACGCUGACGAGGGACGGCAAGAGGAUCAUCAGCGGCGGCUGCGACGGUCAGGUGAGAGUGUGGGAGAUAGGGCCGCGAGUGCAGAGGCUGGUGUGCGUGAUGAAGGAGCACCGGGGCUCGAUCACCUCUCUGCACGUCAACCGCGACAGCAGCGAGGUGAUCAGCUCCAGCACCGACGGCACCUGCAUAGUCUGGGACCUCCAGCGCUACGCGAGGAAGCAGGUCCUGAUAGGCAACACCAUGUACAUGGACGCGUGCUUCAGUCCCAACGGCGUGCAGAUUCUUACCUGCGGCACGGAUCGCAAGAUCACCUACUGGGAGACCCUCGACGGUUCGCUUGUGCGCGAGCUCGAGGGUUCCGGGGCCGGUGCGCUCAACAGCAUCGAUGUCAGCCCCGACGGCAAGUACUUCGUCACCGGUGGCAACGACAGCGUCGUCAAACUCUGGUCCUACGACGCUGGAGAGACCACUCACGUGGGAAUGGGCCACGCCGCUAUCAUCACUGCUGUCAAGUUCAGCCCUGAUGGCAAGAACAUCGUGACUGUUAGUGCCGAUGGUGCGAUUAUGAUCUGGAAGAGUCCGUUCGAAGCGAAGAGUGCCGGCAGUUACGUCUCUAAAAAGUCCACGCCGAGCAUCAGCACGAGAUCCACUUGCAGUUUGCGGGAGGAACAGCUGAAGAAACAUUUGAGCUUGGACCUUGGCGACGAGAACGUGACUGGGCUUACGCCCAGGUCGGACACCGUCGAAAGUGUUAAAGCCGUGUAUAAAGGUAAUACAGACAGCGCCUUGUGCAGGUGUGAUCCGAUUCAACCGCUACCGGACAGCUGCCGAUGCAAAGCUGAAGAAGCCAAAACGCCAAUAAUUGAGACUACUAGGUCGUCCAAGUCGACGAAGAGUGACUGUUCUGUCAAGAGUUGCAAGUCCAUCGAGAAAAGCCUAAAUAAUUGCAGCUUGGAACGAAAGUCCUUAGUGUAGAGUGCUUUCCUUAGAGUGACUUAGUAGU